CGAGCUGUCAGCUUGACAGUUCAACAAAUGGGGGGCAGAUGCCAGCCCUGAAUGAUGAACAUAUACACAAAUUGGGCAGCAACUUGUUUGGUCUGACGGAUGCACAAAAUGUACAAUUUGUCGAAUGUGCUUAACUUCAUCAUCUGCAUGGCCAGCUUCAGCCAGUCGUUCGACGGGGCCUUGGCGGUCAAGCGAGGACCCCACCAUCCGCGUGGGGAAACACGACGAGUCGACCAGCAUCUCACCCAUGAGGAGCAUCGCAUUGAUGACGACCUCAAGGAUAUGGGCAUUCAGGCGAGUCUGGAGGACAUGAGCGAGGAGGAGAAAAUAUUCUACAUGUUCAAGGCGCACGACAAUGACAAUAACAAUGCUCUGGACGGCCUGGAGAUGAUUCAGUCGGCCAUGCAUCACAACUACGACUAUCUGAAAAACAAGCAACGCGACAGCUAUUUGCCAAAUGCCAGCGAAGAACUGGACCACUUCAUAGAUGCCAUUGACAAGUUUCUGCUGAUUGCGGAUGACAACAACGACGGGCUGCUGCACUACCCGGAGUUCGUGAAGGCCGUCACCGGAGGCAAGGAGCAGCUGGCCUUGGAGCGGAACAUGCUCCGCUAAACUGGGUGCGGAUGAACUUCUCUUGAUACAAUAAUAGAUAUAGCUUAGUUAAAUUGUAGCACUUAGUUAAAUCACACGUGUAUUUCCAUGCUGAACCGUUGAGACUGUACAUAACACACACACGUACACACUAGCACACACACACACACCACCAUAAAGCCGCAGCCAAAAGCAAUACUACAAUAGCACUAUUUAAAUAAAUAUUUCAUUUGUACUACAAUAA